UGGAUUGUGCCACAAAGACACGCAUAAAUGCCCGCAUAUGUCCCAAAAAUUCAAUUAUCCGGAAUCUUUGUUCGGGACUUUCCUAAAACAGCAGUCUCCCCGGACUCUUACUACCCCACAUUUCAAUAGGUGCCACACGGCCAUGUUGCAAUUUGCGGACUAUCUCCAAAAAGCCAUACAUACAUGCAUCCAACCCCACGAUCAAACAUCAUCAGUUGCCUCAAGAAUACACACAGCAGCUACCACCAUGUCGUCCUUAAUGAAUUCACUAGAUAUUGACUCUUUGCUCGAAGAAUUGACACUUGAAGAGAAGAUCUCUCUUCUAGCCGGGUCCGAUUUCUGGCACACGGUUCCGAUUGAAAGAUUGGGUAUUCCCUCUGUCAGAACCUCCGACGGGCCCAACGGAAUUCGUGGAACCAAGUUUUUCAACGGAAUUCCUGCCAACUGUUUCCCAUGCGGAACAGCACUAGCUUCUUCGUUCAAUAGAGAGCUCUGGCGAGAGGCAGGCAAAUUGAUGGCCGAGGAAGCCAAAGCGAAGGCUGCCCACUGUAUCCUAGGUCCCACCUGUAACAUCGUUAGGUCGCCUGUAGGUGGCAGGUGUUUCGAGAGUUUCUCAGAGGAUCCGUUUUUGUCAGGAUUCGCAGCCUCCAACAUCAUCAGUGGAAUCCAAAAAGAAAAAGUGCUAGCAUGCAUCAAGCACUUUGUGUGCAAUGACCAGGAAGAUGAAAGGAAAGCCGUUAAUACGGUGGUAAGUGAACGGGCAAUGAGAGAGAUUUAUCUCAAACCAUUCCAGAUUGCUCUUAGAGAAGCCCAGCCCAAGGCAUUGAUGACUGCGUACAACAAGGUGAACGGCACUCACUGCUCGGAGUCACAGUACCUUCUCCAAGACAUUCUCAGAGAUGAGUGGAAAUGGAACGGGUUGGUUAUGUCGGAUUGGACCGGCACCUAUUCUAUCAAGGAUGCGCUUGAUGCUGGUUUGAACUUAGAAAUGCCCGGUCCGACACGAUUUAGAGAGGUUAUACCCGUCAGGCACGAGGUGUACACCAACAAAAUACAUAGGAAGGUGAUCGAUUCCAAUGUCAGACAAGUGUUGCAAUUUGUGAACGAUUGUAUGGAUGCUGGCAUUCCAAAAGAUGCAGUUGAAUCUCCCCACAACACUCCUGAGGCCUCUGCGACCCUCAGAAAGAUUGGGGGUGAAACGAUUGUAUUGUUGAAAAACGAAAACGACGUAUUGCCAUUGCACAAUAAAACCGAAAAGCCCCAGAAAAUCGCAAUUAUCGGUCCAAAUGCAAAAGUUGCCCAAGAUUCGGGGGGAGGCUCCGCUGCCAUGAAUGCCUCUUACAAGGUGACUCCAUUCGAAGGAUUCAGAUCUAAAAUCGAAGAAGGGGAUGGAUCAGUUAGCUUGGAUUAUUCUCUCGGAUGCUAUCUUGAUCGUAAUCUUCCCGAUAUUGGGCACCUACUUCGGGAUGAUGAGGGAAAUCCUGGAGUUACUGCAAAGUUCUACAAGAAGCCAAGAACCGGGACCUCUGAUGACAACAGGGAGUUAUUCGAGACUUUCCACUUCAAAAGUACGAGAUUUUACCUUUCGGACUUCAAAAGCAAACACUUGAAGCCUGGUGAAUUAUUAUUUUAUACUGAUUUUACAGGGACUUUUGUCCCAGAAGAAACUGCCACUUAUGAGUUUGGAUGCUCGGUCUUGGGUACUGCCCAGAUAUUUGUUGAUGACAAGUUGGUGGUCGAUAAUAAAACCCAUCAGGUUGCUGGAGAAGACUUCUUUUUAGGUAUUGGAACAAGACAGGAACUAGGCUCAGUUGACUUGGAGAAAGGACGAGAAUACAAAAUUAGGGUAGAGUUCGGCUCCGGAGCCACAUACACCUUAUCCAGCCAAUAUUCCGAAAGAGGUGGAAUAUACUUUGGCGCAAGAAUCAAGACCACGGCUGAAGAGGACCUCAUGAGCGCUGUUGAAGUUGCAAAGUCUGCGGAUAAGGUUGUUAUUUUUGUUGGUCUUUCGAAAGAGUGGGAAUCGGAAGGAUUUGAUCGUCCCAACAUGGAAAUUCCUGGUUACACUAAUCAGUUAAUUAGUGAGAUUGCAAAGGUUAACCGUAACGUCAUUGUGGUCAACCAGUCAGGCUCUCCUGUGUCUAUGCCAUGGAUCGAUAACGUUGCAGGUUUAGUUCAAGCUUGGUAUGGAGGAAACGAACUUGGAAAUGCCAUAGCCGAUGUUUUGUUCGGGGAUGUUAACCCUUCUGGAAAAUUGUCCAUGACUUUCCCCAAGAGGUUAGAGGACAAUCCUUCUUUCCUUAAUUAUGGUUCCACUAAUGGGCGUGUGAUUUACGGAGAGGAUAUAUUUGUUGGGUAUAGAUACUAUGAAAAAGUUGGAAGAGAGGUGUUAUUUCCUUUUGGAUACGGGUUAUCAUACACCACUUUUUCCCUCUUCAACUUGAGGGUAAAGGUUGAGGAAAGGGACUUGAAAGUCAGCGUUUCCCUUAAAAAUACCGGAAGCAGAAAGGGUGCUGAAGUAGUUCAAGUGUAUGUGGCACAGGAUAAGCCUAACAUCAUUAAACCCGUAAAGGAAUUGAGAGACUUUACCAAAGUUACUUUAGAUCCAGGUCAAGAAAGAGAGGUUUAUUUCACAAUUCCACUUAAUGACGCAACAGGGUAUUGGAAUACCUACAGCGAGUCAUGGGAAUCCGAUGCAGGUGCUUAUAAAGUACUUGUUGGGAGUAGCUCAAGGGAUGCCGAUCUACUGCAAGGAUUCUCGAUCGAAAAAUCCUCGUCGUGGCUUGGGCUUUGAGAAAACUAGAAUUUGGUGAGUCACCUUUCUGAGGAAUGCCUGAUAUGUUCUGACCCAUAGGGAUUAUCUAUGGAACUUGAAACAUUACUCUCCAAAUAUACAUGGAUAACGAGCUGAUUCAUAUUAUUCUUGAUUUCGGAAGAACUUCUCUAUUCUGCUAGUCAAUCGUGCAUUUUAGAUUUUACAUACUGUGUCAACUGUCUCGGCUAGCAAUUUCUCCGACAUCUGAAAGUAACCAGCUGUGUCUGUUUUCAACUGAGGAUGCAGUUUUUACAGUAUGUUUCCCAUGGUUUUUGUCAUUUUGAUUGCCGGAAUGAUAUCCAAAUAAGGAUUAGAUUUACAUCAUUCUGGGCUUUUCGCAGCUGUUUCUACGGUUGCGAAAUGAAGUCCUGAUAAUUCUGCGAUUACUCGUUUGAACGAGUGUAGUUCUUCAACUGGUUUUUUAGCAAUAUAACUUCAAAAUAGAUAAACCCAC